AUGGCGGGAGGGCGCGGAGGGGCCGCCGGGAGCGCGGGAGGCGCGGCGGCAUGGUGGCGGCCGCGGGCGCAGGGAGAAGCCCCCUGGACGUGGCGCCCCGCAGCUGACCUCCCAUCAGUCCCUCUUCAAAUGCUGUUCCAUCUCAGUGCCCUGUACUACGCCCUGUACUUCCUAGCCACGCUUCUGCUGAUCGUGUAUAAGAGCCAGGUUUUCAGCUAUCCCUGGAGCUGCCUGGCCCUUGAUCUGACACUGUUACUUCUGAUGGGGGUUCUGGAGGGAGCCCAUCUGUACCUGGGCACCAAGGGCAACCUGAUGCAGGCUGAGGUGCUGCUGGCCACCAGCCUGGCCCUCACAGUGGGAGGCAGCGUCCUCUCGGUCCACUUCAUGCUCUGGCAGACCCUGGUGCUGUGGGUGGACUCAGUUCUGAGCACUGCUCUCCUGGCCCUGCAAGGCCUGGAGGCCGCCCUGCAGGUGGUGACCACGGCUGCCUUCAUCAGGUAGAUGAGCCAGCUCAGCCCCCUCCGCGGCUCCCGGGUGCACAGCGUCCGACCCACUUGAUCUAGACGGUUUGGUUUGGGUUUUGAUUUUUUUUUUUUCAUGCCAGAAUUGAGGCCUUGGACUCAGGGUGUGGUGCUCUACCACAUGAGCCAGACCUCCACACCUGGCUUUGUAGAUGGUUUGGGGUGGCCUACAAAUCUUAGGUGGGGUAAGCAUUGUGAGUCCAGGGCAAAACAAACUGUUGAGACAUGAAAGUGUUGAGAAUGGUGACUGUGGGGGGAAGGGGGAAGGGUAGCCUCAGGUCUGCCCAGGAAGGUCCCCUGGCUGGAGGCCUGGCCUCAGCAGCGGGGCCCAGCGGGAGGCAGGCCUUUACAGAGUGGCCUGCCAGCAGCUCCACCCUGUCACCACAGAGAAACAGCCCCACCCUCAGCCAGCCCACCCGGGAUGCCUGCUGCCCAUCCCCCACUUGUGUUUUCCUCACACAGAAGUUCUUGGCAUCGCAGGUUUCCGCACCGGCCCCAGUUCGUGUUCUGAGAGCCCUUGGUGCUCUGCUUCCAGGCCCCGCCCCAGGCCUGGCCCCCCUCUGGCUCCUGCAAGUGCAUCUCCUCUGGCUGUUUAGCUCUUACUGCUUAAGUGGCACCCCUGACCUGCUUUGUUUUUAUUUUGCAUUAGGAUUUCAGUAACUUUGCCCAAGCUGGCCUCAAACUCAAUCCUCCUGCCUCCCAAGUAGCUGGGAUUCAGGUGUGAACCUCAUGCCUGCUAAGCAGUGUGUGUGUGUGUGUGUGUGUGUGUGUGUGUGUGUACUUGAACUCGGCCUGAACC